AUGAUGCGAGCGAUCGAAUAUCAUGACAAGGACUGCACUGGCAGGGCCAGUGUAGCCGCAUACCAGGCUAGCAUCAUGCAGGCGGGCGCCCGCCACAGCAACAUCCUCGCGAUGGUGACCAGCUAUGGGUCCACAUUGUGCUCUCAGCUAAUUGCGUCCUUGAGGCUUGGUCUCUAUUUACAUGGCCCUGGUGAUCGUGUUGGUCAUAACGCCAGGACGGAGAAUACCAUGGGCAGGACCCGGCGGGACAUGACGGAGGCCGAUAGUAUCAGGGGCGGUACGCCAUCACCCCAGGCCAACCCCCUUUUCUACACCUCGCUUGAGCCCGCCCAUGACUCGCUCAACCCCUCCUCUCAUAGAGCGACCUCCGUUUAUCAACCUAUCGACACGCCCAAACACGGUGGUCCCGCUGCGAAUGACGAGUAUCUCGCGGGGGAUGAUUGGUCUCCAGCUACACUAAUUCUACCAGACGACAUCGGCUUCGCCUUAUGGGCGCAAAUAUCAACAAUGGCGGCUCUCACACUUCUGGGUAACUCUGUCAUUGCCAAUCCCUCGGCGUCAAACGGCUUGGCGCUGGCUUAG